AGUAUGCCCUCUCCACAGAUGAAUCAACACCAAAAGCCAACAGAAGAAAAUAGAACAGAAGUGAUGGAAUUUGUUCUUUUGGGAUUUUCUGACGUUUCUCACCUCCAGUGGUUUUUAUUUGGAUUGUUCCUUGCCAUCUAUAUCAUUAUCCUGUUGGGAAAUGGCACCAUAUUACUAAUAACAAAAGUAGAACCCACUCUCCACACCCCCAUGUAUUAUUUCCUUGGCAAUUUUUCCUUUUUGGAAAUCUGUUAUGUGUCAUUUACUCUCCCCAGAAUGCUUGUGAAUCUUGGCACUCAAAGAAGAAGCAUCUCUUUAGUUGUCUGUGCUACACAAAUGUGCUUUGUUCUUGUACUGGGAGCCCCAGAGUGUUUUCUUUUGGCUGUGAUGUCCUAUGACCACUAUGUGGCCAUUUGUAACCCUCUGAACUAUUCUGUACUCAUGAAUCACAAGGUUUGUACCCAGCUGGUGACUGGCUCCUGGAUCAGUGGAAUUCCAGUCCAGAUAGGACAGACAUUCCAGAUUUUCUCACUGUCAUUCUGUGCUUCCAACCAAAUCAACCACUUCUUCUGUGAUAUACCCCCAAUACUCAAUCUUGCUUGUGGAGAAAUCUUUGUGAAUAAGAUGAUGGUCUAUAUAGUUGCUGUGUUGUUUGUCUUAGUUCCUUUUCUGUUAAUACUUAUAUCUUAUAGCAAAAUCAUCUUUACAGUUCUCAAAUUGUCAUCAACCACAAGUAGGGCCAAAGUCUUUUCCACCUGUUCAUCUCAUCUUGCUGUUGCGGGGUUAUUCUUUGGACCAGGCAUUAUUACAUAUUUAAGACCCAAGUCUAGUCAUUCAUCAGACAUAGAAAAAGUGCUUUCUCUGUUUUAUACUAUUGUAACUCCCAUGCUCAACCCCAUGAUAUAUAGUCUAAGGAAUAAAGAUGUGAUAAUGGCACUAAAAAAUUAUUAUAUAAAUAAUUCUUUUGAAUAA